CCCACAAUACAGAAGACAGAGAGAUAGAGAGAGGAGAGACUAAAGAUUUAAUGCACAUACCUCUGGUUCUGUAUUUCUAUGGGAGAAGACUCUGGGCACUUAAUACAUACACUGCAAAAACACACAGAGAAACCAUGAAACAUGGUUUCCCAAAUGGGAAUAAGAAGGAUCUCCACACAAGGCUAUGAGUUCAUCAGACCUUUCUCCAUCAUUAAAAUUCUGUAAUUACACACCUGCUGCCACUACGACCACCAGCUGCCUUCUCCAGAUGUCCCAGGAAAGAUGGGUAGUGUCAGCAGUUUGAUAUCAGGCCAUAGCCUCCACAGCAAACACUGCAAAGCCUCUGAGCACAAACUCAAAAAGGGGCUUCAUUCUAAAAAAACAGACCGUAGCUUGGAUGGCCUUCUGAAGUAUGGCUUCUCUCAGGACCAAUGCAGCACCAACAACAACUCAAAAGUCAGCUAUAAUUCAGAAAAAAAUGAUGACUUCUUUUACAUCAAAGUCAACAACAAGCCCCGAGCCGGUCACCAGAACAUUAAUACAUCUGAAGACAGUCAAGGAAGAACUGCUGAGAUGGACAAUGAGAUGUACAGGAGAGGAGGCCCACCAGAAUUAGUUCUGCUUUCUGGAAAACUGGAAAAGAGUGUAGAGAUGGCUGUAAUCCGACCCACCGCCUUCAAACCUGUUCUUCCCCGCAUCAGCAGUUCCUCUGUGGAGACUCAUAAUAAUCUGAGCACCAUCCUGGACAAGAGUAUGAGUCCUAUAGACAGACUCAAAGAUCUUCAAGAUCCCAAGCUGGAAACAAAUUCUGGAACCUUCUCUGACUCGGGAAGGAACUCUAUGUCCAGUUUGCCCACGCACAGCAUCAGUGGCAGCAGCCAGAUGGACAGCCUAAGCACUUCAACUAGCCACAUGGUGCGCCAUGGAGGCCUGGCCCUAAAUGUAGACACAUCUCAGAACCCACAAGGGGGUGUAGCGGGGAUGAAUGGAAAUUCUGGAUCCGGUUGGAUGUGUAGUGAGCCUAAUGUGGUCAGUGAAAACAGCUGGGCCAAUGGAAUUAGUGAAACAAACAGGAGUAGUGAGUCCACUAACACAAACACAAGAUCCAUUGGUGUACUAAGUGAAAGUUUGGCAGCUGCAAUAAGUCUGAACAGAGAAAUAACUGCUGCAGCACUAACUGUCUCAUCCAAUGAGCCAAAGAGUGACUUCUCUGGAAACCAAGAGCUGCUUUUGGAACAUAGAUAUACAGAGCAAAGCUCAGCAAAACCAUCAACUUCGAGCGUCUGUGUCCGAUCACCAAUUUCAACGGAUGAAUCACUAAUACAGCAGCUGGAGUGGAAACUUCUGGAACAUGAAACUGAGCUGGCGGAGUUACAGACGAGUCUUGAGGAGAAAGAGUCAGACACAUGUCAGGUGUUUGAGGAAAAGCAACGUUAUUGUGCUGAGGAGAUGGAGGGGUUGAAACAACGCUGUUCUAUGAAACUCCGUCAAGUCUCACAGAGGGCUUUGAAAGCCCAACAGUUAUUGCAAGUCCAGGUGAUACAGCUGCAGCAGGAUAAGGAACGUCUGCAGAAAGAGGUGGAUAAGCUUAAUCGUGACAGGGACAGUGCAGAAAGCCAGCUCCGGACCUAUAAGAGCCAGAAAAACAAUCUAGUACCCACACUAGAGGAGACGCAGUGGGAGGUGUGCCAGAAAUCAGGUGAGAUUUCACUGCUAAAGCAGCAGCUUAGGGACUCCCAGGCCGAUGCUGGGAACAAACUGAGUGAGAUUGUCAGUCUCAAAGUCUCGCUCAAAGAGUCCAGAAACAAGAUGGAAGAGCUGGUGCAGAAGAACAAAGAGCACGAGGAAGCUCUUCGCCAGCGAAGUACUGAGGUUGAGGUUUGCAAGAAUGAGUUUCAAAGAAAGAAGAAUGAGGCUGAACUCCUCAGGGAGAAGGUUAGUGUGCUGGAAAUGGACAUCAAGGCAAUGAAGCAGGACCUAGCAAUGGCCAAAAAGGGGCAACAGCAGCUAAUGACCAUGAGAGCCAAGGCUGAGGAGCAACAAGCCAGGAUGGAGGCCCUUAGGGUUGGUGAAGCAAAAAUUAAAGGCCAGGAGGGAACUGGGGCCAGUAAAACACUCAAUGGAUGGACUGCAGACACAGAUAGCCUACAGAAGGAGGUACAAAGGCUGAGAGGGGAGCUGAAGGAAGAGAAACAAAAGAAACAUAAGAUGAUGAACAGCUUCCAGCAGGAGAGACAAACAUGGAAUAAAGAGAAGGAUAAAGUAAUUAGAUACCAAAAGCAGUUGCAAUACAAUUAUCUGCAGAUGUACAGAAAGAACAAGGACUUGGAGAAGAUUUUGAGGGAGCUAACAGCUGAGAUGGACAGCAGGACAGAGAUGGACAUGGACAGUCAGAGCUCUGACUUGAACAUUGAUAAAAUUGUAGCCACAGAGAUAUAAAGGAAUAUUUUCACCAAUGUGACAAAGGGGAAAUUACUUCACUGAAAUACAAUAUCAGACCUUUGAUUUCUUUGGCAAGGAACUCAUUAAACAAAGGGCACAAUCAACAAAGCAAAAAUGAAAGGGAUGUCACAGGAUACUCUAAACUUAAGAACAUAACAUUUGUACAGAUCAACUAAAGUUUUUCCUCUUUUCAGUACGAUCACUUUAUUGAAACUCUUAGGAUGUCAGCCAUGUGUAUUUCUUGGCAAGUUCUUAUAAUUAAUCUUACAUAUCCAACCAAAGGCUUUUCCUCCAACUUAUCUAAACAAUCCUCCACUUCUUUCCUCAAACUUAAGCAAUUGUAUAGUCUCACUAGAGCAACACAGAGUAGUGAAUGUUUCAUUUACUCUAUUUGAUAUUUUUGCACUCUCUCUCUCCUUACAAAGUACCCUUAUCCCCAAUGUCUUGGCAGCCAGGCUUAUAGAAAGAAUCAGUAAACAGGGAUAUAGAGUUGCUUAUACAGUGACAUGUUGUCACAUGGUGGUUGCAAAGCAGAAGCACUGAUCAUAAAUGUUUAGAUGCAUCCCACACAGCAUUAGUCUAGCCAUUAUAUAUUUCAAUAUUUAUGAUGAAUUUAAAGUAUUUCGUACUCACUCAGCAGCUGUUCAACUGAGCACUUGUGCAUCCGGUACUAUACUUUCAAAAAUUUUAAGGUGUGGUCCAAACAGUAAAACAGCAGUUCAGUCUGUUGUAGUCAUGAUUAGCAAAUUUAUGUGGAUAUGUCCAUUUCAUGACAAAAUUUCAUGAAAGAUUAUAAGACUUGCAGUUCACAGAUAAACAUAUCCUCUGUUGUAGCUUUCAAAUUGUGGUUGUUUUAUUUUUUGUUUUUUCCAAACUUGCCACACCAUGAUCGUUCAUAUGACACACAAGAACCAAUGGCGUUUUGCAUCAAUGAUGUCAAGCCUGGCAUGAAGCAUUUAAAGACUCAAUUUUUAAACACAAGAAUGAAUUAAAUUUUAGAGGUCCAGUGUAGGGGAACAAUGUAAAUGAAAAAUGGCUUAAAUUAGGUGUUCCUCACACAAAGCUAACAGCUAAAAAAAAACCUGGACUAUGGCGCACAAGCCUAUGGACCAGUGGUGUAGUUGGAGCCAUACCACGUAUACGCUGUAUACUAACUGUACCGUUUUACCAGGAUUGUUUGCAUAUAAUGACUUCUAAGCAUCAGUAUUUGUGUAUACCCUCAGUAUACCAAGUUGUUUUGCUGCUUCAGAGGUUCAUAAUCUACAGUAGUGUUAGCUUCCCUUCUGUUUUGUGAAACUGACUAUUUUUUGUUGUAACUGGUGCAUUAUCACUUAAAUUCUACCAUUCCCUGCUCCUGACAACUGCUGUCACCACCGUCAUCGACUGAGGGAAUUCAUUGCAGUGAGUGGAAAGAGAGAGACACUCAUGCUGAAGAAGUAUCAGGUAAAAUUCAUAAAAGGAUCCAGUAAAUGCCAGUAAAUUUCAUAAUAUGGCAUUACAUUUAGUUGCAUAUGUCAGUACUUGUUCUGGAAAAGAGAGAGAUUCAGCUAAAUGAUGGUGAGAAAACUGCAGCACUUUUAAUCCAAAAGAACAGGUUUAGUUCAAGUGCUUAACAUGAUUUUUUUACAUUUCCCUUGUGAUAAACACUAUUUACUGUAAAAACAACCACACUUAUCCAACAAGAAAUACAAUGUAUUCAUGUUAAGCCUUUUAUCUCUCUUUCUCUUUUCUUCCUGUUUGUUAUAUUAAAGCCUUUUUGUAUGUGUUGU